AUGUUUGAUGAAGACGCGGCCUUAGAGCCAGUCCACACGGCGCAUUGCGUCAGCUCUGCGUUAUUACGAAGCAGUCACGUCAACACCCCCUCUCGCUUCCUCUCUGUUGUCCGUCAUAUUGUGUGCGUUACGACGACGCAGCGCGCCGCGGCCUUCAUCGUAUUGGCUGUCCUCGUCGCCGCCGCCCUGGCCGGCCCCGUCAACCCCAAUGGUGAAGCCGUCAUCCUCCGCUACGAUGCCGACAACAACGCUGCUGAAGGUGGCUACCAAUACUUGUACGAGACCUCCAAUGGUAUCCUCGCCCACGAGGAGGCCAGGAGCGUAGACAUCGGCACUGAAGUGCAAUCCUUGUUCGUCCAGGGAGAGUUCCAAUACGUCGCGCCUGACGGCGUCACCUACCGCGUGACCUACACCGCCGACAAGGACGGCUUCCAUCCCCUCGGCGACCACAUUCCCCAGGCCUAA